AUGACAUCUGGAUCAAUGCCUCCUCAUACGCAAGGUGGUAAAACUUUUAUACAUGAUCCAAGAGUCUCAAACUAGCCAGAAACUAAGGCAUCAAUCAAACUUAUUAUUAAUACCAUAAAAGGCAAACCUGUUUUUGCAAUGAGAAGUUUUCAGUUGAUGAACAAAAAGAAUAAGCAAGAAUUCAAAAAACUAGAGCAAGUGUUAAAGGCAAAAGAUGAAAGGACUGGCUAAGAGAUAUCUAUAAACAAGAAUUGUGCUGACAUGGAUAGACAUUUGCCGAUGCUAAUGGGAGUUUCAAAUGCCAUUUUAGAGAAUGUGAUAUUUUGUCAUCAGGAAGAGAGCUUAUGGCCAUUUUCUGAUCAGACAAAUCUGAAAAAGAUUUUCGAUGAAAUAUUUGAUACAACUAAAUACACUAAAGCUCUAGCAGAUAUGAGAACAGUUGCAAAGAAAUAUACAAAGUAUGCUAAAGAAUUUAAACAAGAGUUAGACUUGAAAAAGAAGGACUAUGAGUAGUAUGCUAAAUUGAAGUCAAAUGUCAGCUAGUAUGAUAGCAGACUCAAAGAACUUAAGAGUGAAAUUUAGGCAGCUUAGGAUAAAAAGCUACAACUUGAUAAAGAAAUAUCCGAAAUUGAAAGAGAACUCAAUCGUGUUUAUAUGUGUGAGAAAGAGUACCAUAUUUUGAAUUCAUAAUUAGAUGAGAAAAAGAAGUAGGUAAUUGAGAUGAACAAAAAUAAUCACUUCGAAGAUCUUGAACAUGGGAGAUUCACUCUGGAACAAAAGGAAAAAGAGCUUAAUAAAAUAAAAUCUAACUAUGAAUCUACAAUUAAAAGUUUCAAUGAAGAAAAGAGAAACUUGGAAAGAUAAAUCUUGGAAUUCAAGACUUAAACAAUAGUGCUUAAUAAUGAAUUAAAUUAGCUUAAUAGUUCUGUUCAAACAAAUCAAACUUUACUGGACUAGAGCUAAAAGGCAUCUAGUGAACUUAAUAGAUAGAUUAGCAAUUCAAUUCACUUCUUAGGGCUUGAUCUUGAUUUCGUGAAGAAACUUUAAGGUUCAAGUCAGAUAUCCUUAUAAGAUCUAGGCAAGUCAAUACAGCUAGGUAAGCUGCAUAAGGAUUAAUUAGAGUAGAGUAAGACAUAAAUUGAAAGUGAAAUCAAUGAAAAAAUUCAGAGGGCACAGUAAACUAUUACCAUUGAAACUACUAAGAGAUAAAUACAUGAAAAGAAUCUGAGGACUGUAAAUGACGAUCUAGAAUAGUUGAAACAAAAGAAAAGAGAUUCUUCCGAUUCUAAUGAGUCUGAUAGUAAUAUGAAUGAUGAAAGCAGUGGUAGAAUCGAAGAAACACUCUUAAAUAUUGAAAAAAGGAUAGCUGACAUUUAAUAGUUACUACUUAAUGAUUAUGGGGUAAAUGUCUCAAAGAAUGGUUAAGAAAACUAAUAGAGCAGCUAAGAAAGUAAUUUCAAGUAAAUGAAAGAAUUAGAUUCAAAAGGAAGCAACAGUAUGAUGGCUUAGAUGCAAGGCUAAAUAGAGCAGAUUUAGCGUAAAAUAAAGAAAAACGAGAAAAAUCUUAAUAUUCUAAGACAGGAAAUCAUACAGCUUGAUUCUUAAUUACUGACUAAUUAAAAUUUGUAAAAUCAGUAUCAAAAAUAAUUAUUGAACCUCAAUAAGGCCAAAGAAUUAUCAGAAAAAAUUAACCCUAUUCUGAAACUUCUUGGGAUAGAUACUAUCAACAAGAAAAAUAUUUAAGCUUGUGAAUUCAAAGAGUUAAUUCUUGCUGUGAAUUAAAAAUGCGCAAAUUAAGAAACUAUUAAUUUUGCUAUUAAGGAGUUGGAGGUAAUCUUAGUCAAAAUAAGAAAGAGCUCAGGAAUUUAACAUGGGGCACAAAUUUAAAACGGUGGUGAGCACAAAGGUGAAAGAUUUGAAUUGAUCAAGCAACAAAUUGACUCAUUGAUUAAUCUUGAGGCUAAGUUCUAAUCAACUACUGAUGUGAUAAAGAGAUUCUACAGAAUGUCUAAGACUUAAAAGAAUGCGGAUGGUCAUAUCGCCUGCUUUCUUUGUAAGCAACAAGCAAACGAGGAGUUGCUAGAAAAGAUCAAGAUAAAUUUUAAGAUUGACUCUGAUCAUAAUCCAAAGAAAGAGGAGAUAAAAAACAAGAAGAAUGAGCUGCAUUAGAGCAUAAUGAGUUUUAGUCAAAUGGGAGGAGAUGACCAGUUUUGUGAAAACCAUUAAGAACAGGUUUUCAUUUAAGAAAUUGAAAAAAGAAUUUAAGAACUAAAGGAUCUUAAGAAAAAGUCAAAGGACUUUAACCAGCAAGAACUGGCAUCGACAAUAAUGGAGAUAGACUACUUAGUGCAGUAAAGUCCACAGCAGAAAUUUGAUGAUUCAAUAAUAGACGCUCUUAAGUAGAAAUUAUAAAAAGCAAAGACUGAUUUACAAAAAACUGAGAAAUCAAUAAGCAAAGAGACAAAGGAUAUGGAUUAAUUGAAAGCUAAAAAAGAGGAUUCUGAGAGAAAGCAAUAGCAACUAUAAUUAGAAUUUCUUCAUUUGCAAACUAAGAAGUACAAGUUGAUGUCAAAGAGUAAGCACUAGCUGUAGAAUAAGGGCAACAUCUAAGACACUUAUGAAGAAGAUCUGAUGAAAUUAACAAAGCUCAAAGCCUAAACUGAAUAAGAACAUGAUUUAACAGUGAGGAAGAUUAAAGAUGCUGAGAAAGAGAUUAAAUAGAUAUAAAAUGACUUCGAAAAGUAGAAAGCAAUUUUGAAAAUUAGUAGUGAAAUUAAUCAGAUUGUUGAGUUCUUAGAUCUGGUCAACAGAUUCUUUAUUCAGUUGCAAAGUAUUGAGAGUAAUCUUAAUAGAAAUGAAUAGUUGAAGUAGGACAUUGAUAAGUUCAGCAUUUAAAUCUAAACAAAAAAGUCUCUGCUUUCCAACACAGAUCAGGACAUCAAACUUAAGGAAAUUGAACUCAAAAGAAUCAAUGAUUAGAUUUAGUCAUAAGAUGAAAUUGACAGACUUAUCAAAGAAUUCGAGAAAUAUAAAGAACUUAAGAAUUAAGUGGUUGAUAUCUAGGCUAAUAUUCUUGAGAAAUAAAGACUCAUAUAGCGUAAGGGUAUGGUUCUUGAAUCAAAGGAUCAGAAAUAAAGAGAGCAAACUGAGGCAAUCUAACAAGGCAGCAAGAAUACUGGGUAUUGCAUAUCUAUUUAGGAGACUUUAAGAGCAAUGAGAGUUGAACUGAGUGAAGAAAAGUUCACUGAGAUAGAAAAGAAGCUGAUUGACUUGGAAAUAAAGUACAAUCUAACUAAGGAUAUGGCUUUGGAGAUAAGUGAAAAGCAUGACGCUCUAGAAGAGGCGUUGAUGAAAUAUCACCAUGAAAAGAUGAAGGAAAUCAACAAGACCUUGAGUGACUUUUGGAAGAUCACUUACAAGGGCAAUGACAUCGAUACUAUCGAGAUAAAGUCUGAUGUGGAGAGAAACCCUAACUCAAGGAUAAGAUCCUAUAACUAUCGUAUUGUAUUGAAAACCUUUGACGAUACAGAACUAGACAUGAGAGGUAGAUGCUCUGCUGGCUAAAAGGUGCUCUCAAGUAUCAUUAUCAGGCUGUCUUUGGCAGAAACAUUUUGCUCAAACUGUGGUAUUUUAGCUUUGGAUGAGCCCACAACUAAUCUAGAUGUUGAGAAUAUAGAGGGACUGGCAGAUGCUCUUCAGUAGAUUAUUGACAGUCGAAGACGAUCAGAGAACUUUCAAAUGCUAAUUAUCACUCAUGAUUAGUAAUUUGUGCAGUUACUUGGAAGGGAAAAUGCAGAGAGCUUUUGGAGGGUUCAAAAAGAUCAAAAUGGUUAUAGUAGAAUUAUUAAGGAAAGCUUAAGGAAAUUAGUAUGA